AUGCUAAGGUUACUUAUCGAUCUAUCCGGGUCGACAACGGGGAGACGUAAGACGACAACAUCGAGAUGCUAGGCUUUACCGUCCCACUAUGGCUGGUGUUGAUCCUAGUCGUGUUGGCUCUAUACACAUAUAUGAUGAGUCGUCACCAUGGUACCUUUAAGAAACUCAACAUACCAGGACCAGCACCCUGGCCAAUCAUUGGUAGUCUCAUGGAAAUCAAUAAGGCAGGAUUCCAUUCGUUUCAACUAGAAUGCAGGAAAAAAUAUGGAAAAAUUUAUGGGUACUUUGGCGGAUUGUCACCUCAAACGCUUGUCGUCGGAGACAAGGAGAUGCUGAGGAAGAUUCUUGUGAAAGAAUUCAAUAACUUUUCGGACAGAAUAAUAUUUAAAGGCUUCAAUGGCGACUUGGAAUCAUCUGUUAAUAACUUAAAGGGAAAUCACUGGAAACACGUGCGUAAUAAGAUUACUCCCGCAUUCUCCACUGGAAAACUGCGCAAGAUGGUGCCGUUGGUGGAUUACGCCAGUGACACGCUUUUGGAAGCACUGAGGAAGAAGGUGAAGGAUGGAGAUGGAGUGAUGGAAAUGCUGGAGGUGUAUGGAGCCUACGCCAUGGACGUCAUAUGCUCGACAGCCUUUGGAAUUCAAGUUGAUUCACAACAAAACCCAAACGAUGAAUUCAUUGUCAACGCCAAAAAGUUUAUGAUUUUGAAUUUUUCAUCUUCAAUCAUUUUGAUUUUGAUGUUCCUGCCAAAACUCCAUUUUCUCAUGCCCUUCCUUGGAUGGUCUUUCAUUGAUAAACAUGUACAGAAAUUCUUCCGCAAUGUGACGGUCAAACUUCUUGAUGAACGUGUUGCUGGGAACAAGGAUCGGGUAGACUUUCUUCAGUUGAUGAAAAAUGUGCAGCAUGGCGAGGAUGGUGACUCUGACGAAGAAGAAGAUGAUGAUAUUGACAAGGAAAAUGUUUCUGGAAGUAAACUUCCCAAUUCCUGGUAUAGAAAAGGUAUCACAUUUAAGGAAAUCCUUGGAAACGCAGAAAUAUUUUUCUUAGCUGGUUACGAGACUACCAUGAUAACGUUAACCAUGGCAUCAUAUUACCUCGCCGUGCACCCGGAGUACCAGGACAAGCUGCGGCGGGAACUGUUCGACAAGAUAGGCUCCGAGCCGUUGACCUAUGAUAAUAUCCGUAAUGUUGCGUACCUUGAUAUGGUCAUCAACGAAACACUACGAAUUAACCCACCGGCUACAAGAACGGAUAGAGUCUGUCUGAAAGAUACCGAGGUCAAUGGCGUCAGGAUUCCGGCCGGCAUGCACAUCAGUAUCCCAAUAUACAGCAUCCAUCACGAUCCGGACAACUGGGAAGAUCCAGAAAAGUUCAUCCCAGAAAGAUUUGAGGAUAAAGAUCGCCACGACCCAUUGACAUUUCUUCCUUUCGGAUACGGACCACGGAAUUGCAUCGGCAUGAGACUUGCCCAAAUGGAACUGAAGAUGUCACUUGCCAAAAUCGUCCGUACUUUCCAGAUUUGCGUUUGUAGCGAAACAAAGAUUCCUCCUGACCUCGCUACAUUUUCAUUGUUAAAGCCGAAAAUGUCAAAACUCAAGCUGGUGGAGAUCAAAUAGUAGUACAUCAUAUGGAGCUGAGCACAUGUGCCCCUCUGCAGCUCUACCGCUGGUGAAAGAAAUUGAACAAGAUGCAUAUUCCCAGAUUUAAAAAAAAGGAAAAAAUAUUCAUCCAGCUUAAAUAAUUAAUAGGCUGAUGGACAAGCAGAUCAUUUAGUAAAUAUAUAGCUUACUCCAGUCUAAGCUAGUAAUCAAUGGGCAUGAGAAUACACCACAUGAUAGGAUUCACAAUACAAUUUAUACAUAUUCCGUUAUAUUUAACGAGCAGUUAAAUACAUUGUACAUGUACUAAUUAAAGUGAUUAACUGUUCAAAACACAAGUGAACCUACUGUUUGAUUAAUGACUUGGCGUCAUAUUCAUUUUUUGUACAUGAAACUUGAUUUGAUAUAAGCUAAAUUUUAGAAUCAUCUGAUGAUCAGAAACACAUACUUUAAAAACUCGUUUAAUAAAAAUACGAAAUGGAAACUCAAUUUAUAUUUUCAUCAUAUACUUGUCCAGUAUAUAAGCCGAUGUACAAAUACGAUACUUGUAUGACUAUUUUUGACUAAUUAUGUUGAUUACGACUCCAUAACGAAUUAUUUUGAAAAUAAAACUG